CCCCUUCCCUAGCCUGAGUUCCGCUGUCUGGGAUCCACGUGGGCUGCCACGUGGUUCCCCACUGGCUCCAGACGCAAGAGAGCAGGGUAGAGAAAGCAGCUUGCUGCUUGCCUGGGAGAGAAGAACUUCCAGAGCAUUAAACAAAGCCCCGCUGCACCGGGGCUGUCAUUCCAGCAGGGACGGCAGCUGAUGGAGCCAACUGCCCCACAUUCCAGCCACCCAGGAAGCCUCACCCUGCCUCCACUUGCUAGCCCUGCGUCCUAUUGCUCGCUGGUGGCUCCCUCUCCUGCUCGCUGCUUCCAGGACUGCUGCCGCGACCUCAGAUCUCCUAGUCGCCGCUGGCCCGCAACUGCCUCUCAGCUGAAAGGCGGACAGGAAACAGCAGGUGCUCGGGUCAGCACCGGCCAUUUCCAUGCCUGCGCAGAGGCCCUAAGCCUGAUUGGGAGCAACAUCACCACCCAGGCUACCCAGGAUUACUCAGGGCUUGCCCAGGAGUAACCAGGACUCGAUAGACCAGGCAGCACAGGAUUAAUUAAGGCUUGCUAGCCUGGACGAGGUGCAGCUCGAGCUGUGUGCCAGUUGGGGGGUGGAGUCAGGGGGAGAAUAGCGGGGUGGGGCGUGCUAGAAGCAUCCCCCGUCAUUGGCUGGAUGCAGGUGGCAGGACCCGAGGUGGAGGCGAAGGCAAGUGGGCAGCAGUCACCCAAAGGCCCCGUGGAAACCAAGCGCGCCAGGUCCAAAAGGCGAGCAAGCCUUGCCAUGUUCCCCCAAAGUGGCUCUUCUUCAGCCAAGCGCAGCAGGUUCCCCUUCCUGACCGUCAGUGUCGGCCUUACAUCUGCCCGCUCUCCCAAGACUACCCAUGCGCAUCUCAGCAAAGCAGCAGUCUCGGCUUCAGCGGCUACUGCGGAAGAAGGAAGAAAGUGCUCUGGGAGGGCGGGCAGCCUGGCCUGGAAGUGGCGUCUCCCCUGUCAUGGGCUGGAUGCAGGCAGCGGGGAAGGCAAAUGGGCAGCAGUUGCCCAAAAGCCACAAGGAAGCUGAACGCACUAGACCCAAAAGGCGAGCGAGUCUCGCCAUUUCCCUUCGAGGAGCCGAGCAUCGCGGGUCUCCUUCUACCCUCCCCCCUAUGUCAGCGUCAGCCUUACCUUCUAGAUCCUCCGCUGGCGUAUUCAGCAUGCCCAUCAUCCAACAGAGCCAGCGCGUUGGUAAGGCUGACGGCAUGCGGUCUCUGGUUAAAACCAGAAAGUAAUGAAACCCGGUCAGGUGGGCACUUUGCUCCAUCAUCGUUACCGGAUCGCCGAACCAACAACGAUGAUCGCUACCGGAUCACCCGAUCCGGUCCGAACCGGGAUAAUUUCACCCCUGCUGGUAGUGGUUUAGAUAAUACAUUUCAUCCAGAAACCUCUGGAGCUGCCACGCAACCACCUUCUCAACCACCUUUCCCAAAAAGGACGGGGAAAUGGCGAGCUCCACGGAGCUCUGCCAAACCCCGUCUGCCAAGCUGCCAGACAGGUCUUCGGACCUCCCCUGUCUUGAAGGGACAGGGGGACAAGAAGAGACCCCUUGGGCAGCCGAGAGGAACGGGCAGGUUCCUCGGGGCCGGAGGCUUUCCCUUCAUGCCAGCGGCAGUGGAACGACAGCCAUGGCGGCUGUCCCGAAACCACAGCAACUGGGAACAAAGAUCGUGCUGGAGGAGAGGAGGAGAAGAGAGAAGCGGAGAGCGGAGCAGGAGUUUGAAAGCCGGUGGCUAUUUUUUUUGGUUAAACGAGAUUGGAUUGUGUUUGAGAGAGAAGAAGGAGAAGAGGAAAUAAAUAUGCUUUUAAAAGUAAAGAUAAAAGACAAACGAAGAUGGAAAAGAUGGCUGCCAGCUGGAAAGUAAAAGUUAAAUUCCAGACUGCUUGUUACUUGAAAGAGAAACUUUGUUGCCUGUUAUUUAAAGUGGAUUAUUUUGAGAAAAAUUUCAAGAGGCUUGACUUUGGACAUAUAAUGUGUGUAUUGGAGGAUAUUGAAGACCAGAAAGAAGAAACCAAAGGAAUAAUGAAAACUGAUUUAUUAAGCAUGACAACAAGAGAAAAAGGGAGUGGCAACAAAAGAAGAACAUGAUGAUACCAUAUAUGGAAUAGUCAAUUCAGAAUUAACUUUAUAGAACUUAUAACUUUGAUGACAUUGAAAUGGAAAAUAAAUAUACUCAGAUAGAUUGGAGAAGGAAAAAAAAUGGAAUAUAAAGUAACAAGAUAACAAAAUACCAUACUUUGAAUUAAAUGGAUGUAAUGGUGUCUGGGAGUUUGAAUAAUUUUAGGAGAUAUCUUCCUUCCUUCUCUGGGCUCUCUCUCAAUUUUAUUUUAUUUUUUUCUUUCUUCUUUCUUUUUUUCUUUUGUCCCUUUUCCCCUCUCUAUUUUUUCUAAUUCUCUUUUCAAUUUUUUUUGUUAUAUUUCUAUUCUCUUUCCUAUUUUUAUUCUUGUUUUUUUUCUUUUGUUUUUAUUUUAACUAUUAUUAAUAUUGUAACUAUUCUCUCUCUUUUUUCACUAUUAUUUUUAUCUAAGUUGAUUUUAUGAAUAUACAACAAUUUGACUAGGAAAAAAUGAGUAUAAAUGAUUGAAAAUUAUGAUUUUUGGAUGUUUUAAUACCUUUUUAAACUUGGAAUUUUUAAGUUCUAUUUACAGACCUAAUAAUUUAGAAGAAAAUGUUCUCUAAGGUGCUGGAUAUUAAGAAGAAUUAAUUACAGAUUUAAUAAUUAUAGAAAAUUGAUUUUAAAGUGAUUUUAAAUGUUGAUAUUCACUGGAAAUAAAUAUGGCACGGAGGAGAGAAUAGGAGCUAA